AUGCUUCAUACCCUCCCGCGGGCGGUCUCCCUCCGCCCCUUUGGCCUGCUGCGGGCGGUCGCCCCCCUGCACGGCAUCGGCCGCCGUCUCUACAGCGUCCCUGGCACCGAUACCGGUGAGUCCUCAACACCGAGCAUCUUCGGUCAGAUGGCCAUGCACCAGCCCGGAGUCGGUGGCGGCCGGCCGGAGCUCACCGUCGACUUGGCUUCCAUCCCGCCGGAGCGCAUUCGCAACUUCUGCAUCAUCGCGCACAUCGAUCACGGCAAGAGCACCCUGGCCGACCGGCUGCUCGAACGCACCGGCACGAUCCGGCCCGGAUCCGGGCGCGGGGGCGGCAAUGAGGCCCACAUGGCGCAGCUCAUGUCUUCCAUCCUGGAUGCCGACGGCAAGCCCAUGGUCUAUGAAGGCCCGAGCCCGGUCCACCGAACCACCGACAACCGCCAGGUCCUGGAUAAGCUGAAGGUCGAGCGCGAGCGCGGCAUCACGGUCAAGGCCCAGGCGGCCACCAUGUUCUGCCGGGUCCCGGCCCCGGGGUCGGACGACCCGUCCACCGGUGAGCUCUACAUGUUGAAUCUCAUCGACACCCCGGGUCAUGUGGAUUUUAGCUACGAGGUGUCUCGGUCGAUGGCCGCCUGCCAGGGCGCCCUGCUGGUGGUGGACGCCAAUCAGGGGUCUCAGGCGCAGACGGUUGCCAACUUCCAGCUGGCUCUGCAGCACGAUCUGGCAGUGGUGCCUGUGCUGAACAAGAUCGAUCUUCCUGAUGCUCGGCCCGACGACAUCCUCGACGAGAUUGAGAAUCACUUCGGUCUGCCGCGCGACCCCCAUUGCCGGGUGUCGGCCAAGACCGGCUACGGCAUUGAGUCAGUUCUGAAGGUCCUCGUGGAGAACACCCCGCCGCCGGUCACCAAUCCCGAUGCCCCGCCCCGGUCACUGCUCUUCGACUCCUGGUACGAUGAGUACCGUGGCGUCGUGUGUCUCAUUAAGAUCGUCGACGGGACGCUCCGCCGUGGGGAUCGCAUCAUGAUGGCCCACUCGCAGCAGCGCUACGAGAUCACCGACAUCGGCGUUAUGUACCCGGAGAUGGUUUCCUGCGAGGCGCUCUACCCCGGGCAGGUGGGCUACAUGACCUGUAACAUGAAGACCGCCCGCGACGCUCGUAUUGGCGACACUAUCCACCUCUUCGACCAGGAGGUCGAAGUCCUUCCGGGUUUCCAGCCGGCCAAGUCCAUGCUCUUCGCCGGUGUCUUCCCUGGCGAUGCCAGCGAGCUGGAGCGCCUGCAGGAGGCCGUCGACCGUCUGACCCUCAAUGAUGCAAGUGUCUCCGUGCAGAAGGAGUCCAGCAAUGCCCUCGGCCAGGGCUGGCGCCUCGGGUUUUUGGGGCUGCUCCACAUGGAUGUCUUCCGCCAGCGCCUGGAGGAGGCCAUUGACUCCAGUGUCAUUAUCACCGCCCCGACGGUGCCAUACAAGGCCACCAUGAAUGACGGUUCCGUUCUGGACAUCCGCACUCCGAACGAGUUCCCGAAGGAUACAACCAAGGUCCGCGAGUUCCAGGAGCCCAUGGUAUCCGGAACCAUGAUCUUCCCCAUCCAAUACCUUGGCGCGGUGGUCCGCACGUGCGAGGAGCACCGGGGAUUGCAGCAGGAGAUGAACUUCCUCGAGUCCGAUCGUGUUCUCCUCCGAUACCGUCUCCCGCUGGCGGAGAUUGUGACCGAUUUCUAUGACACCAUCAAGUCCGUAUCCAGUGGCUACUGUACUUUCGACUACGAGGCGGAUGGAUACCAGAAGGCCCCGCUGGUUCUGCUGUCGGUCCUGUUGAACGGACGCCCUGUGGAUGCCCUCGACCAGAUUGUCCACAACCACCUGAAUUAUACGCCGCAAUUUCAGGCCGAGUUAUCUGUAUCGACGGCACGCGCUCGUUCUUCACACGAGCGCCUCAACCGGAUAUGUCUGCUGAUUAGCCGGCAAAAGGAGCUGCAGAAUGAGCUCUGCUCCAUUGAGCGUCUCCUGUCGCAGGAGCUCCUCCUGGCUUCGGCCGAGGAUCUCCAGCACCUCGAAUCGCCGAUCCUGACGGACAUUGUGAAGAAGACUUCUUCCUACAUUGAGCAGGUGGAAAAACACCGAGUCAUGUACUGCCAGCAGGCCUCUCUCUCGGUGGAUAAUCUAUCCAAGCUGCUGGAUAGCAAUUCAAGUCGCCUCAAUGCCUCGCUGACCAGCUACUUCCGCUUCAGCCAUGAGUACGAGGCGGCUUGCGAUCGAGCUGCCAGUAUCCGAGUGGCCGAUGCCCCGGCCCAGCUGGCCAUCGCGGCGCAGGAGCGUUCCGCCGCCAAGCGGCGCCUCUUCAAGACCGAGUGCAAUUUCAUCCAGGACUUGCGCCAGGUGAAGCGCAGCUACAUCGUCAGCCUCCUGGACAUGGUCAUUGAUUUCAUCACGUCCACCGUCUCCUUCAACAAGUUGUCCCAGUCCACCUUCGCCCAAAUGGAGCCGCUUAUUAGUCUCGGCUUUUCGGAACUCGAAUCGGUGAAGAGUUCCUUCGCCGCGCGCGCCAGCCGCGAGCAGGAGGACAUGGAGCAGGCCAUCGCACGCGGCGACAGCAAGAUGAAUGCCGAGCUCAUCCAAUUCCAAAUCCACGACGUCAAUCCCCUGGUUGGGGCGUCGGCCGACUCGAUGGUGUCGGCUGGCGAGCUGUCGGCCGGGGAUCUGACCAGCCCGAAGGAUCCCCUGGCUCCUGGCGGCUCGGCCCCGCCCCCGGCGGCCCCUGCGAGCGAGGACCCGACAUUGGACAAGGCCCCUGAAGGCGGCUUCCCGGACCGGCAUACCGGAUAUCUGUAUCUCAAUGAGAAGCGUCCAGGAAGCAAGUGGACCAAGUACUACUUCAUGAUCAUCGACAACUUCCUGAUGUACCAGCAUCGGACAAGAGUCGAGCUCCCGAGUGCUGGUGUGGAUCUCCUCCUGUGCACCGUCAAGCCUGCGGAGCAGGUGGACCGUCUGUUCUGUUUCCAUGUCAUUUCACCGAGCCGGUCCCUUUUGCUUCAGGCCGAGUCCUCGGAGGAGGCGCGCGGAUGGAUUUUGGCCAUUCAGAACGCCAUUGGUCGGGCCAUUGAGCAGCAAAAGCAGCAGCGUCCGGCGGACCAUUCCCAGCCUGAGGCAAAUCCACCGGUGAAUGCCAUCCCAUGGGCGGCGGCCAGCGCGCGGGAGUCCACCCUCCCACCCGCCGACACGGCCACGGCCGCCGAAAUCGCAGAACACCUCCGGGCCUUGUGCGAGCUCCCGGACAAUGGAGCAUGCGCGGAUUGCGGCACGCUCAAGCCCAAGUGGGCCAGCAUCAGCCUCGGGAUCUUGGUGUGCAUUGCCUGCUCUGGCGUCCACCGGUCCCUCGGUGUGCACAUCUCCCGUGUGCGCUCGGUGGAAUUGGACUGCUGGCGACCUGAUUGGGUUCGAUCGUUGGCGGCGCGGGGCAAUGCUGCCUCCAACGCCCGAUUCCUGGCGCAUUGGCCCUCCAGCUCCAACGACAACGACGAGACCAACGACGAGAAAAAAACCCCUCACCCGGUUGGCAUCACACCCAAGUCGGACCAGGCCGAGCGUGAGGCCUUCCUCCGGCGGAAGUAUGUGACCCUUGAGUGGGCAAGUGCCGAGUGCAAGGAAGAGGCCGCCCGGGCGGAAGAGCUCCAACGUGAGACCCAGGCCGCCCGGGGGGUGGAGCGUGCGCAGCCGGUCACCGGCAUCGGCGGUGGCGCCUUCCCCAACGCCAUGGGCUCUGGGUCUGGCGCUGGUGGCCCGGCGGCCGGCGGCAUGCCCCCUGAGGGGACUCUCUUCCGGGGGAUCCGCCAGCAGCUGGCCCAGGUGGGCCGGUCGCUGGGGAAUGCCGCGCAGCAGGGAGCCGCCUUUCCAUCGGGCGUCGGCGGGGGCCCGGGCGGGGGCCAUGCGGAUGCCAAUCCCCUGUCGGCCAUGAUGGCCAACCUCCGUCCCACCGGCCAGACGAUGGACUUUGUUUCGUCAUCCGGGCCCGGCCCGGGUCCCGGCAGUGGCUGGCGCCAGUCCUCUGGCGGUAGCAUGGGCAUGUCCCCGCCGGCCGAGGGGUCGCGCAGUGCGCCCGGCGACCUGGCCGAACCGACCAUCGGCUGGGAACCGGUGGCGCCAUCGCCCUCAGACGGCCUUGGGCCCUCUUCAUCACAGCAGCCCGUCGGGCCCUCUGCGCAGUCCCUUGCCGGCAGCAUUUCCCAAAGCGCCAGUACCCUCCUGCGGGAUUGGAUUGGCGGCUUCUCCCGGCUAUCCGCCCCGGCUGGCGGCCAGGCGGCCACCGAGAGCACAUCCACCCUCGGGGCCGAUCCCCCCCCUUCCGGAGGGCGUGAGAUGCCGGGGUUCGGGUACACCCCGGCCGGCGGAUCGCGCUAG